AUGUCCAUGAAGAAAGAGUCGCCUUGGGACGUGGAGCUGCAUCUGGCGGCGGCACGCGGGGACGCCAAGCGUCUUCGUGUUUUAUUGGAUUCCGGACGCGUUCACGUUGAUUGCAAGGACAAGGACGGCACGACACCUUUGAUAUUAGCUGCUGCUGGUGGCCGCAUGGACGCUGUAACCGAGCUGUUGCAUCAAGGGGCGGAUCCCAAUGCCAAAAGACUGACCGGGACAACGGCUUUGUUCUUCGCCGCCCAGGGCGGAUACAUGGACAUCGCGGGUUUGCUUUUGGAGCACGGCGCGAUCGUGGAUUCGUGCAGCAUAGAUGGCGGCACGCCGCUCUUCGUCGCAUGUCAAUACGGUCAUCUGGACGUUGUGGAAGGCUUAAUAGAGAGAGGCGCCAGUCCGAACGCUCAUAUGAAGGACGGUGCCACGGCGUUGUUUAUCGCUGCCCAGAACGGCCACCUUCGUAUUCUGGAAGUCCUCCUGGAACACGGGGCGAAGACGGACGCGGUAAGAACGGACGGCGCUACACCGCUGUGGAUCGCAUCGCAAAUGGGACACGAUCACGUCGUCAGGAGGUUGUUGAGAGCCGGCGCGAAGGUCGACGCCACGAGACACGACGGCGCAACCCCGCUUUUCAAAGCUGCCCACAAAGGUCACACCGCCGUCAUCGGCGAGUUGCUCAAGUAUCGUCCUUCACUCGGUAUACUCCCGAACGGCGAAAGUGCAUUACAUGCGGCAGCCUUGACGGGACAUAUGACAGUUGCGAGGCAGCUCGUGGGAGCGGGGGCUGAUCCUUUACUCGUAAAUCAGGAAGGCAUUACGCCACUUCAACUGGCCGUCCGACACUCGCAGACGCAAGUCGCCAAUUACCUGAGGGAUAAAGUGAGAGUGCGAACCGCAUCCUGUUAGCGAUACUUCCUUUAUCUUGAUAUUACCAUAUCGAGAUAUUAUUCGAUGAGCUUGGCUCAACGAUCGCAGUAUUUUUAAGCAGGAUGUAAGGCACAAAUGGAAUGUGAAAAAGAGUAGCCUGUUUUUAAAAUCGAUAAUUUUAUUAUGAUAAAAGAAUGUUAUA